AUGCGCCCCGGCCCCUCGCAGGAUCUACAGAAGCAUUGCCUGGUCAAUAAACGGAAAAAUGUAGCGGUUCGAGCGGUCCAGAGACGACACCCCAAAUCUAGGGCACGUGACUUGCAGACACACGCGGCUAGAUCUCAACUCACAUUAGCCACCAACGGUUACAGUCCAAGGGAGUCUUAUCCUAUGAGGCGUGCGUCCGGCGCGGCGUUCACGGCUCGACUGAGGCGCCGCGUCGCCUCCACCCCCGCCGCCGCGCUACCCCCUCCCGGCUGCAUCCUUCAAACGCUCCCUGAUGAUCGGGAGGAGAUACAGAUGCAACUGGAACGCCGCAUUGGGCGCCUUUUUUGCGCGAGA